GAGACUCAAUGAGAGAGAGAGAAUUGGAGAACUAGGAGCCCCUGAAGUUUGGGGACUGUCACCAAAGGUUCCUGACCCCGAUUCCGAUGAGCACACACCAGUAGAGGAUGAAGAGGCAAAAUCUAAGAGUAGUUCUUCAGAUUCCAGCUCAGAAGAGGAAAAAAAGAAAAAGAAGAAGAAAAGAAAGAAGAAAAAACGGAAGGCAUCCAAAAGAAAACGCAGAAAACAUUCUGAGGACAGUGACAGCGACUCAGAGUCUGAGCAGGACUCCAGUGAUGAAGAUAAGAAGAAAAGCAAGAAGAAGAAAAAGAAGAACAGAAAGAAGAAGUAUAAGAAAAAGAAAAAUAAGAAAAGCAGGAAGGAAUCCAGUGAUUCAAGUAGUGAAGAUUCUGAUGACGAAAUAUUUCAAGGGGAAGAUCUCUGGAUUGAGAGAUCAAAAAAUACAGAAUCUGAUAGCUUGAUUGGACCAGAAGCUCCCAAAACUCAUGCGUCUCAGGAUGACAGGCCUUUGAACUACGGGCAUGCCCUCUUGCCCGGCGAAGGUGCAGCGAUGGCAGAGUACGUAAAAGCAGGAAAACGUAUACCCCGGAGAGGUGAAAUCGGCUUGACCAGUGAGGAGAUCGCAUCGUUUGAGAGCUCUGGUUAUGUCAUGAGUGGCAGCAGACAUCGCCGAAUGGAAGCUGUGCGUCUGCGUAAAGAGAACCAGAUCUACAGCGCAGAUGAAAAGAGAGCUCUAGCAUCCUUCAACCAGGAGGAGAGGAGGAAGCGAGAGAACAAGAUCCUUGCAAGCUUUCGAGAGAUGGUCUACAGAAAGACUAAGGGCAAGGAGGAAAAAUGAUUCUUUAUUUGAACUGUGCACCAUGGAUUCUACCAAGCAGCAGCUAAACUGUUCCAGUCAUGAUUUGAAAAAAAGCUGCAAGUGCUGCAGUGCCUUUCACCCAACAGGGCCAAGCCUCAGGAGUGGAUUACUUGUGUCAAGGAAACAAUUACUUUUGUUAGAUUUUCUUGGAUGUUUUGUUCACCAUCUACAAGGAAUCACUGUAAAGUGAAAGGCUA